AUGGGAAUGAGCUCAACAAGGAGGGGGCAAAUUGUGGUUGAUUUAAGAGCGGAGAUUGAGCCUGAAGCAAACGUACCAAAUGAAACAAUCGAGGAUGUCCGUAAGGAGGAGGAACCAAUUAGUGCUAAGCUUCAACAAAUGCCAAACAAGAAGAAGAAAUACUCAAAGUCCAAGGUAGCUGAGCACCACUUGCUCAGAAAAAUCCAACCCCCUCAAUGA